UAAACCUCCAUGAGAGCGAUAACUCCGGUCGCGUAGUCGUGAUGCUCGUGACCGUUCGUCGUGUGUUCGCAAGAACGAGACAUUUACCGGUGAACAUUUCUCUAGAAUAAUACGUUCUUUUUUUCAUUGUUCUAUACUACCAUAUUAAUGGGUGACAGGAUGACUGUCACCGUUUUAAAUACCACACCAGAAUACGUUGAAUUCAUCAAGUCCAAAGAUCUAUCUGUUAUUCACUUUUUUGCACCAUGGGCAGAACAGUGCAAACAAAUAAACGAUGUUCUAGAAGAAAUGAUAACAUUGACAGAGUACAAAAAGGUCAAGUUUGCUAUGAUAGAGGCAGAGAAUUUACCUGAAGUUUCUUUGAAAGCUGGCAUCGCCGCCGUACCAACAGUUUUAUUAUACAGAGAUGAGGAAAUAAUAGAUAGAAUCGACGGAGUUAAUCCUGCUUUAUUAAUUGAAAAAGUUAAAAAACAUUUAACCAGCCAAGAUUCGGCUCAGGCCAAUAUAGUAUCGCCAAAGGACACUCUAGAGGCCAGACUAAAGAAGCUUAUAAAUCAUGCGCCUUGUAUGCUCUUCAUGAAGGGAAACCGUGAACAUCCACGCUGUGGUUUUUCAAGAACUAUGAUCGCUCUUCUUGAUUCUCAUAGAACGGAGUAUCAAACAUUUGAUAUACUUCAAGAUAACGCGGUCAGAGAAGGUUUGAAGAAGUUUAGCAAUUGGCCGACUUAUCCGCAGUUGUAUAUUAAUGGCGAACUUAUUGGUGGAUUAGAUAUUGUAAAAGAAAUGAGUGACUCAGGUGACCUAGACAGUAUGUUACCUAAAAAAAGUGUCUCUCAAGAUAGAAGUUAAAAUAGGACUACAGCUAAUUAAUUACAUCUACAUUUCCUUAAAUUAUCUAUAAUACCACAUUUUUAUCUACAACUGGAAGCAAUUUUUACUUAAAUAGUUCAAUGUUUCAAUUCAAACAUUUCAAAACGUACGAUUUAUUCGUUGAUAACUAAUGUAUAUUAUCUAGCAAAUUAAACAUCUCAUUUUUCACCUUGUCAUGUAAAAUCCAAGCAUUUCGAACAGAUACGAAAUGUACUUUAUAACUUAACUUUCUUUUUUUUUUCUUUUUUUUUUUUUUUUAUUACAACAUUGAAUAUAAAAAUAUUAAAAAUUAAUAUUAAAUAUUCAUUUAUUUAAAAAUUCAACUAUAAAUUACAAAUUGCACUCUGUGUAAUUGUACAUAAAUUAAAUAAAAUAUCAUUUUCUGGCUAA